AUGCAUCCGAUCAACCUCCACCAGACGUCAGGGCAUGCAGUCCUCAUCGUUCACCUGUCUUCAAUCGACCCUGCCUCAGUAACCUCAAAGAUCGCACCUUCACACCGCGCUGCAGAGGUCAGUUUCAACCACACCGACUCGAACUCAACAACACUUUCAACAACAGUGCUAGUCCAGCCUGUGCUCUCUCAGGAACAACAACAGUCAUUGGUGGUAGAUCUGAUCCAAGAAUGCUCAUACUCUGUCUCCCCCGAGAAUAUUGUUAUUCGGUUCAAGAAGGCAAGCCAUUCCUCUGAAUGGCAAGCCCUGCAGAUUCACAUCAAGACCCGCUCCUCUACAACCACAAACAACGACCAGUUGGCACCACCACCAGCAGCGGCAUCAACGUCAGCAACUGAUAUGGAAGUCGUAGUUGACGAACAAGCAGGAGGAGAAAGUGAGUCGACCGUGAUUGCAAAGUUUGUGACAGGUGCCAAUACCACGUCCUUUCAAGAAGCGAUCCGGAGUCAACCGCUGUGGGAGGACCAGGCAGGUAGUCAGGUUGUUGGCAAUGUGCAAGCCAAGCGCGUCCCUGGGAUGAAUGCCAUCCAGAUGACCGCUGAGCUCAUCGCACCCUCCUCGUCUUCUUCAUAG